AUGGCUGAAGAACAAAAAGAAAAUGGAGUGGAUGGUUCAAGAAAAUCCAAUGGAAGAAAAGCCAGUAUGCUCGAGAAACCUUUGGACCUUGACACUGUCUUGGUAGAGGAGUUAGGGCAAUUCGGCUGGUACCAGAAAAGAAAUAUUCUGUUGGUUUCCGUACCACUGCUCAUGUCUGCGUUCAUGAGCGAGUAUAUUUUUUCUGCAGCUGCUAUACCACACAGGUGUCGGAUUCCAGAAUGUGGCGAAGACAGUAAAUUGAACCUUUACGAACCAGAGUGGGUUUUAAAUGCUAUACCGGAAACCAGUUCGGGUUUCUCGAGUUGUCAACGAUUUGCAUCUUCAAAUUUAGGAACCAAUGGUACCCUUGACUACUGUCCAGUUGGCCUGUUCAAUCAAAUGCAAACAGUUUCUUGUGAUGACUUUGUUUACGCUAGAGACAACUCUGUAGUGUAUGAGUUCGACUUAGGAUGUCAAGAAUGGCUCCGAGCUUUGGCCGGCACUUUAAAUAGUGUAGGAACAUUACUCGUGUUGCCGAUUACUGGUUACAUCUCUGAUAGAUUUGGUAGAAAAUGGGCUCUAGUUAUAAGUCUCUUCAACCUUGCACUUAUCGGUUUGAUUCGUGCAUUUUCAGUAAAUUAUACUAUGUAUUUGAUCCUUCAAAUUCUCCAAACUACUCUCGGCGCUGGAACAUUCAGCUCUGCAUAUAUUUUUGCCGCUGAACUUGUUGGACCAAAGUAUCGUGUACUUGUAAGUGCUUUAACACCGUCCAUGUUUGCUCUUGGAAUGAUGACAGUUGGCGGAGUAGCUUGGUUAAUAGAAUCAUGGAGAUACAUGAUCAUGGCCUUGCAUAUACCCUGUUUUCUGGGCAUAAGUUAUUACUGGCUUUUAUCCGAAAGCGUAAGGUGGCUCCUUUCAAAAAAGAAAUUUGAAGAAGCUAGAGUUGUAUUAGAAACCGUAGCGAGAGUAAAUAAAACGCAAAUUAGUGAAAAGAGUAUGGAAGCUCUGAUGAAUCCUCCUCAACCACCCCAGUCUGUGCCAGAUGUUGAAAAGCCCGGUUUGGUCCGUAGCAUAUUAAGAUCCCCCGUAUUACUUCGACGAGUUUGCACGACGCCAAUAUGGUGGAUCACUACAACAUUUGUAUAUUAUGGUCUAUCUAUUAAUUCGACGAGCCUUUCAGACACCAUGUACUUAAAUUUCAUAUUGACUUGCGCCAUAGAACUACCUGGAAAUUUCACAGCAGUCCUGAUUCUUGACAGAAUUGGAAGAAAAGCUACCUUGUCUUCUAGUUACUUCUUUAGUGCAGCGUGUAACAUUGCCUUUGUAUUUAUACCCAACGAUAUGACUGUUGUAAGACUUAUUGUCUUUUUGUUGGGCAAAUUUGGAAUUUCCAUAGUAAUGACAGCACUGUACCUAUAUACAUCGGAAUUGUACCCGACUGAAUACCGUCACAGCCUCCUCGCGUUCUCCUCUAUGGUUGGGCGCAUUGGAUCUAUUACAGCGCCUCUGACACCCGUUCUUAUGGAAUAUUGGCACGGUAUCCCUUCACUAAUGUUCGGUUCAAUGGGCUUCAUAUCAGGUCUGCUAGUACUAACGCAGCCUGAAACUCUCGGAUCUGUCCUGCCUGACACUCUUGCCGAGGCUGAAGCAUUAGGAAAAAAGAACUAUAAGCUCGAUCAGACUAGU